AUGGGAUUUCGUAAUCUAGCCAGCGUCGCAGAUCGAAUCCUAAGUUCGCCCCGGGAAUUGAGAGAAGCAAUCCGAUUCGACAACUCCAAGCCAGAAUCCACUGAAGGCAAGUUCGGCCGCUGGUCGAACAAGGACCUUGAUCCAACACCCCCUGAACAGCGGACUUGGAACUCGUGGUCGUUCUUUGCCUUUCAGUUCAGCAUCGCAUUUUCGCCUACCACCUACAAUGUCGGUGCCAGUCUGUACGCCAUUGGCCUCAAUUGGUGGACGAUUUUGAUUGCAUCCGUUAUCGUAUCUGUCAUGGUUGCUGUUCUACUGUACUUGAACUCUCGUGGGGCAACUUGGUACCAUGUAGGAUUUCCCACGAUUGUCCGGUCUUCUGCAGGAAUCUAUGGCUCUCUUGCAUACAUCGGCAUCCGAGGGAUUGUAGCUGUUCUUUACACUGCUAUUCAGACUUUGUAUGCCAGCCAGUUCAUGGCUGUUAUGCUCCGCUGUGUGUUCGGACACAAAUGGACAGACAUUCCUAACCGUCUACCAGCAACUGCUGGAAUCACAUCGGCUAAUCUUUUGGCCUUCGGGAUUCUGUGGCUGUUGCAGCUCCCCUUCGCUUUCGUUCAUCCGAGCAAGAUUAACAUUGUCUUUCGAGUCAAAUCAGUUCUAGCCCCGAUUGGCUUAAUAGCGACCAUGAUAUGGGCAUUGAUCUCUAGCCACGGAGCUGACUUUCAAGGCCUGAGCACCAUCGAAGCUGCAACAGGGGCAUCUCUUGGGUGGUCCUUCAUGAAAGCCCUCAACACGAUUGUGUCUAAUGUGAUACCACCACUGGUGAACAUCGCUGACCUCUCUCGCUAUGGGAGCCGGCCAAGUCAGACAAUCCCCAUGCCUGUAGGUCUGGUGAUUAGCAAGCCACUAGUCACCUUCAUGGGCAUGGUCAUCACGGCCACAGGCUACAAGCAAUUCGGAGAGGCAUACUGGAAUCUGUGGGACUUUUACUCCAGCGUACUUGACAAGUAUUGGAGUCCAGGUGCUAGAACGUUGGUGUUCCUAGCUGCGGGUAUACAGGCUUUUGCAACAUUCGCAACCAACUUGAGUAGUAACUCAAUUCCUGUUGGAAGCGAUCUUGCAGGGAUGUUUCCCAAAUACUUCACCAUCGUCCGCGGCCAGAUACUUUGCUUCGUUCUGGUUUGGGUCUGUGUCCCGUGGAAGCUCAUUUACUCCGCCGCGUCGUUCCUCACAUUCCUAGGCUCAUAUCUUUGCUUUAUUUGCCCUAUUGUGGCAUGCAUGAUUGUCGACUACUGGCUCAUCCGCAACGGCAACAUCCACGUCCCAUCGUUAUACUCCACAAGCACCGAUUCUCCUUACUUCUACUUCAAGGGAUUCAACUUACGCGCCUUUGGAUCAUGGGCGGCGGCCGUUCUUUUGGUCUUGCCAGGGGUUUCUGGAAAUCUCCACCCUGGCUCAAUCGGACUCGCGGCCGUCCGCAUCUACAACAUGGGCUUUCUCCUAUCAACUGUCACAGCGAGCGUCCUAUACUAUAUCAGUUGCAAAAUAUGGCCAGUCAGGGUUUACCCUCCGCAGCGGGACGAUCAGCCUAAGACAUGGGAGUUCUUGAGCCACACAGAGGGGUUCUUUCCUGGUGACAGAAUGUUCCCGGGGCAUCUGCUGGUGACUCCUGUAGUCAACGGAAAAGAAUUUAUGGACAUAAAGAAUGAAGAGAACAAUAAUGGGGCUGAAUUCAAGGGUGUAAAGGCUUAG